CCAAACACGAACAGAAACACCAAUCCUUGUUGCUUAUGUUUGGUUUGGUGACACUGUCCCAAAACCCUGACCUUGGAACUUUUCUUCGAUUCUUCAAUGGCUUCGGCGCUUCAGAAGCUGCUGAGAAAAUCACUACCACCCACAACAAGAUUCAUCAAUGGCUUUAACCCCUCGCAAGCACCUAACCCAAUCGUUUCUCUUCAUCGAGAAUGUCACCGACCCACCACCGAACCAAGUCCAGUUAUGGAGCCCUUGCCUUUUGAAUCUUCGUCAUGUUCAACCGUGAUCUUUCCCAGUUUCCCUUUUGGGUUUUCUUCAAAACCCAUUUUGGCAAGUGGGUUUUGCUUCCCUGAGGUUGAGGACCCUGGUUUGGAAGAUUCUCGAACCGUGUGGGCUGAUAGCGUGAAGAAGAAGAGGAAGAAGAAGAUGAACAAGCAUAAGUACCAGAAGUUAAGGAAGCGCAUGAGGAGACAGUCUUAGGUGAGGGUUCAAUGGUUGGUGUUUUAUGGGGGCAAUGAGAAUGGAAUGCAUUGAAUGAAUUUGAUGAAUUAAUUUUCCUUAUUUUGUAUUUUUUUUUCUAGAUUACUGAAACUGUAAUCUUGUCUUUCUUUCAAUUAGUUUGCAGUGAAAGAAAAAAAAUGGGGGAAGGGGUGUUUAAAAUUCUAUGGAGGGUCACUUGACAGAUGCACUUACUCUGAGUCCAAUUGUUUUGGAUUUUUGUUGUGAUAAAUUAUGGAUUUUUUUGUUGAAUUUUGAGGUUAUAAUAAGUUAAU